AUGGAAAUAAUUAAGGAAGUUGAGAAAUGUGAUAGUAAAUUAGACAAAUAUUUGGAUAUUUCAAGUAAUGAUAAUAUAAUACUAAAAAGUAAGCUGGAGGUAAAAUUAAAUGACUUGGAAAAACGGCACUUGGCUAUUAAAGAAAGGGAAUCUCAAGCAGUAGGGAUUUUUGAAAGGAAAUUAAGACAAAUAGAAUUAGAGCACAAGAUGGAAAUUCAACUCCGGCGACAACUAAGGUAUGAAGUCAAUAACCUUCGUAAGCGGCUGUUAGAAACUCAUCAACUAUAUUAUGAUACCCUAGAGGAGAAUGCAAAACUACAUAAAGAGAUUGAUAGAUUAAAAUUUGGACUUUUAGAACAACCAACUGGUAAUUCGAGAGAUAUCAGUUUAUCUAAAAUUGACUCUGUAGAUGAUAAACAGGAACAUUUUAAUAGGCUAGAAUUGAAGAACCCUGAAGAUAAAACAAUAUUUGAAAAAGGUGAAGUCUACAAUAUAUAUAAAGAACUUUUAGAAGGUACUGAUGACAAUAAAAUAAUUAAGGAUUUUAUAGAAUUUAAAGAUAAAAAGGUCUCAAAUAGAGAUGUUAAUAAGACAAUUAAUAUUGAUAAAGAAGUCAAAGAAGUUGAAAAGAUCGAAUUAUGUAACAAGGCUAUAGAACAAAAACAAAAACAAAAACAAAAACCUAGAGUUCAUAAUAUAUAUAAAUUAGAUGAAAAAGAUGAAAUUUCGCCACAAAUAAAUUUUGGAAAGCAAUUUAAUAUAGCUAAAGUCCCAACACUUCGCUCUGAGAGAGCCCAAGACUGGUUAAAACAAUUAGAAGCACUUUAUAGCCCAAAUGAAAGCCCAAAAGGUGAUAUAUUAAUUCCAAAUUACUUAUCUGAGAACAAAAAAGAAUUUAGUUGGGAUAUUCCUAUAGAAAAAAAGGAAAUAAAUGUAAACAAAUUGUCAACACAAUCUACUCAUGAUGAGAUUGAAUAUGCAGAAACUAUGCUAGAUAAUACAGAUAUAAUAAUUAACCAGAUUAGUCAUAAGGAUAAACAACUUUCAACAUUACUUAAUCAAACAUUAAAAAUGCAAGAAAUAUUGGGACAAAAUAAUAUGGAUUACAAUAAUGAAAUAAAUAUAUUUCGUAAAACAUCUUCAUUUUAUAAUGAUUAUUCAAACAGCAAAAAAUCUGACUGGAAUCAUAAAUUUAUUAUAAAAAGAUAA